CGCGUCGAGCUGAUACAAGCCUUGCACUCCCUACCGCCUUCUUCCUCAUUCUGUUGUUGACCCCUCGGUUCCUUUCUGCUGCUUGCGGUUCCUUGAGUCGGGGCGAGAAAAAUAAAGAGCUUUAUCUCAUAGUAUUUGGAUGGGUGCUACCUACUUCUCUACUUUUAUAUGAGCAGGAUAUACUUUCAAAAGCGGGUGUUGGAUUGUCUCUACUCGCUAUGGCGGUUUCAGAAACAGAAGCUCUCUCUCCCAUUCUGGAAUCUCCUUCAACAAGCAGACGAAGAGAAGCCCCACAUUUGUUGCACAAAACUGGAGCCUACUUCCUUAGCCUUGCAGAGAGAGCAUACUUCAAGUCACCAAAGCUUCCAUGGCCUUUUGGCCCACUCACCCAGUCCGUAGGUUCCAUUGCUUCACCAGUUAUGCAAUCCAUGCAACACCAAUGGCUAGCUCUCCUUUACUUCAUAGAUGAACAGAUCCUAACUCUUGAAGAUAUUGUUAAGCACUUCUUCCCCCCUUCCAGGCAUGUCUUUGAGGCGAUCAACACCCUGGGCGACGACUUCUUGGAGUUCUUUGUGAACAUGAUUGAAUCAAGCAUGGACUACUUUCCCUCCAUGAUUCAUAAAUUUAUGGAUGCCAAUUUUGUGCUGACCUUCACAUUGAGUGUCUUGACGUCAAUACUGUCAGGAUGCACGAGAGAUCACCAGAAGAAGAAAGAAGACUUUGCACCAGUGCCGAAAGAGACUCAACCCACCGAAGCUGAUGAUGAUGGGGGUGAUGAAGUGCAAUUCGUAGAUAAAUUUGUGGGUGUUGAUAACCAGAAGAAAGAAGACUUUGCACCAUUGCCGGAAGAGACUCAACCCACCGAAGCUGAUCAUGAUGGUGGUGAUGAAGAGCAAUUCGUAGAUAAAUUUGUGGGUGUUGAUAAAACUAUCAACACCGUGGAUUCCAUUGCUGGACAAAGUAAAAAAGACGUGCUUGUAACUCAAAGACGAGAGAAGAAUGAGGAAGGGUGUAAGAUUGGAAUGGAGAAGAACGAGGAAGGGUGUAAGAAGAAGAAUGAGGAAGGGCGUAAGAUUGGCAUGGAGAAGAAUGAGGAAGGGUGUAAGAAGAAGAAUGAGGAAGGGCGUAAGAUUGGAAUGGAGAAGAAUGAGGAAGGGUGUAGGACGAGGAAUGAGGGAGGGCGUAAGAUUGGAAUGGAGAAGAAUGAGGAAGGGUGUAAGACGAGGAAUGAGGGAGGGCGUAAGAUUGGAAUGGAGGAGAAUGAGGAAGGGUGUAAGACGAGGAAUGAGGGAGCGCGUAAGAUUGGAAUGGAGAAGAAUGAGGAAGGGUGUAAGAAGAAGAAUGAGGGAGGGCGUAAGCUUGGAAUGGAGAAGAAUGUGGAAGGGCGUAAGAUUGGAAAGGAGAAGCAAGUAAAAGCUCAACCUUCAUCGGAUGCUGCUAAUGUUGAUAAAACCCAUGUUCGUAAUACAGAUCGGGGGAUAACAGUGGAUCCCGUUCUGCGUUUAUUUGAUUCUAAAUGGAUACAAAUGUAGGAAGCAUGGGAAAAGGGUGGAUACAAAUAUUAUAGAACUGCACAUAUGACAAGUGACUCUCUGUAAGCUCCCUUGUUUUUUUUUUUUUUCUUUUUGUGUGUGUGAAACGCUGUGAAUUGUGCUUUGCCUAGUUUCCGAUAUCCUUUUUUUGGAAUUUCAAGGCUUCAGUAUAUGUAGGAAUGCUUUUUUGCUUUUUCUUUUUCUUUUUUUCUCUCAAGAGAGAGAAAUAAGAGACGUGAAGAUCCAAUUGUAAAUGGA